AUGAUUCCGCGGGCAGCAGGUGCCUUGUUGGUGAUUUGCUUUGCCCUCGUGGGCAGUACGCAGGCACUGUACUCCUCAUCCGAUGAUGUCGUGGCACUGACGACGGCCAACUUUGAUCGAACCGUGGUGAAAAGUGACGAAGUAUGGGUGGUGGAGUUUUACGCACCGUUCUGUGGCCACUGUCGUAAUCUAGUGCCAGAGUACAAAAAGGCGGCCACCGCACUGAAGGGCGUUAUAAAGGUCGGUGGCAUCAACUGUGAGGAAGAACAGGGCCUUUGCGGACAGUACGGCGUACGAGGCUAUCCCACCAUCAAGAUCUUCGGUGCGAAUAAACGUUCCCCAGUCGAUUACAAUGGGCAGCGUACGGCCAAGGACAUCGCGGAGGCAGCAUUGGCUGAGGCGAAGAAAAAGAUCAAGAACGUUCUCGGUGGUGGCGGUAGCAGCAGUGGCGGAAGUGAAGGCGGCAGCGGAUCAUCCAAGGAUGACGUUAUCGAGCUAACUGAUGCAAACUUCGAUAAGCUGGUGCUACAGAGCGAGGAACCAUGGUUGGUAGAAUUCUUCGCACCGUGGUGUGGUCAUUGCAAAAAUUUGGCACCCCACUGGGCCAAGGCCGCUACGGAGCUGAAGGGCAAGGUAAAGCUGGGCGCACUGGACGCGACAGUACAUCAGCAAAAGAUGGCCGAGUACGGUGUGCAAGGUUUCCCGACGAUCAAGUACUUCCCAGCCGGUACGAAGGAUCGCAACGCGGCCGAAGACUAUAACGGUGGACGCACAUCGUCCGACAUCGUAAACUGGGCGCUGGACAAGUAUACCGAGGACAUCCCUAGCCCGGAAAUCGUACAGCUCACGUCGGAACAGGUUGCGCGGGACACGUGCGAGAAGAAACCGCUCUGUGUCGUGUCCGUGCUGCCCCACAUCCUCGACUGUAAUGCCGAAUGUCGCAACCGGUACCUGCAGAUCCUGCAGACGAUGGGCGACAAGUACAAGAAGAAGGAAUGGGGUUGGUUGUGGACGGAGGGUGGCGCUCAGCUGGAACUCGAAUCGACGCUCGAUAUUGGCGGUUUCGGCUAUCCGGCGAUGGCGGUUGUUAAUCUCAAGAAAAUGAAAUACUCGCUACUGCGCGGUUCAUUCUCGAAGGAUGGCAUUAACGAGUUCCUGCGCGAUCUAUCGUUCGGCCGGGGUCACACGGCACCGGUGAAAGGGGCCGAACUGCCAAAGAUUUACACCGUCGAACCGUGGGACGGUAAGGACGGACAGCUGCCCGAGGAGGAAGAGAUCGACCUAUCCGAUGUGGAUUUGGACGAGAAGGAUGAGCUGUAAGAUGGCGCAUACAAAGGACUGCCAGA